AUUCACUCGAAAUAAAAGUCACCGUUAAGUUCACUCAAAUUAAAAAUAUAUUUGUCUCUCAAAUUAGAUUAAUAUGAUUAAACAACCCCGUUCGGUAGUAAAAAGUGUAAAGUUCUUAUUAACCUCAAUAAGCCGAAAUGUGUCGUCCCAAACAAGUGAGGUUAUCGUUAAAAAUGUGAACGAUAAGGGUGUCCUAGUGCUUAACAGGCCCAAAGCGUUGAACGCUCUCACCCUAUCCAUGAUGGAGACCAUCAAACCAGUACUAAAAGAUUGGGAAAGCAAGAAAUCUUUAGUGUUAAUCAAAGGUACGGGGGAGAAGUCUUUCUGUGCUGGUGGUGAUAUAAGAUCCGUGUUUGAGGCUCGCCUGAGAGGAGAAAAAAACUUAGGACACAUGUUCAAGGCUGUGUAUUCUACCAGUGCUUUAAUCGGUUCCUAUAAAAUUCCUUAUGUUGCGCUUAUCGAUGGGAUCGUCAUGGGUGGAGGAGUUGGUUUGUCAGUACAUGGCAGAUAUAGGGUAGCUACAGAAAGGUCAAUAUUUGCCAUGCCAGAAACACAGAUUGGAUUUUUCCCAGAUGUUGGGGGAUCACACUUCCUACCUAGACUCUCAGGCAAGCUCGGAUGGUAUCUAGGACUAACUGGCAAAAGAUUAAAGGGAUCUGAUAUACUCAAAGCAGGAAUUGCUACCCAUAUAUGUGACAGUAAAGAUCUUCCUCAGUUAGAAGAAGCCUUGUUGAACAAGUGUAGAACUGAUAAAGAUAUACAAAAUACUCUAAACAAGUUUUCCAAGAAGGAAAUACCACCGUUUUCAUUAGAAAAAGUCAUAGACAAAAUAGAUGAUUAUUUCUCAGCUUCUAGUAUGGAAAAUAUAGUAGCUAAAUUGGAAAAUGAUGACACCAAAUGGGCACAAGAAACUUUAGCACUUUUGAGAAAAAUGUCUCCUACUAGUCUUAAGGUGUCUUUAAAAAUGUUGGAAUUAGGACAACACUAUAACCUCGACGACUGUCUUCACAUGGAAUACAAUAUGUGCUUGACCUUCUUGAAAAAUAAUGAUUUCUUCGAAGGUGUCAGAGCUUUAUUAAUUGACAAAGACCAGAAACCCAACUGGAAGCCGAAUACAUUGGAAGACAUCACCACCAAGAUAGUAGAUGAGUACUUUUAUGAUUUACCAAAAUUAAAGAUGUGUUGUUUGUUUGGGUUUAUAUGACUGCGGACACUACAUCCAUAAAAUUAAAGAUUACAAUGUAAGUUGUGUGUUCUCUAUUGUGCUCCAGUCCAGAAGAAAGAAAUCGUCUUCUUGUUAAUAUGAUUUUUUGAAAUAGUUUCUUGUUUAUAACAAUCUAUUUUUGUAAAAAUAAGUCUCUUUUUAAGAGUUUGUUAAAUCUAUACAUCUUUUUAUGUUUUUUCUUAAAAGAAGUUUAUUAAAGAAGUAAA